UACACCACCACCUUCCACACACACAGAAUGGCCAUGAACUUCGCGCCCUACCAGUCCUCGCCGCCCGAAUCCGAACGCGCCAAAUCGCCUCCGCCUGUCCGCAGUCCACCAUCCAGUCCAGGACCCCAAUCGCGCCAACCGCGCACGACAAUCGCCUCGGUUGCAGACCGCGAAGACCCCUGGGCAGCAGCUCGCGCACAGAAACUCCCUUCGCCCUCCCAAUAUCAAGACCUCUCGGACUCGGAGAAUGAAGAUGAAUCGCAAGAAAUCUCUCGCGCCAGUCGCAAUCCAUACUAUAACGACUACAUUGGUUCGCGAGCGCUCGAGGGAGGCGGUAAUACGGCGUUAGGCGGCAGGGGAGGUCUCACGUCCAUUUACGAGACCUCGUUAGGCUUGAACAUUGCAUUGGAAUCCACGCUCGCCUAUCUACUGCUUCCGCCAGCCGGUGGUGUGGUGCUGCUACUCUUUGAGCACAAGAGCGAUUACGUCCGCUUUCACGCGUGGCAGAGCGCGUUAGUAUUCUCAGCACUCUUUCUAGUGCACAUCAUCUUUUCGUGGACGGCGGUCAUUAGCUGGCUGCUUUUCGUGUUUGACAUUGUGCUGAUAGGAUACCUGGCCUACGGAGCCUGGAGAUACGCCGAAACACUGGAUCGCGUCGAAGUCCCGAUCUUCGGCAGACUGGCGAGCAGUUUUGUGGAUGAUGAGUGAGGCACUCAGCAUGCGCCAUCGAACAACAGAAGUCGAGGAACGCUCUGAAAACCCGGCCUGCCACAUCAUGGCGCAACGCCCUCCAGCUCCGACUUAUUAUUGAGGACUCCUGCAUUGAACAACGAGACUGAUAUUGACGUCAACGCCAACGAGAGCUGGCCAGUCCGGGCGUAUUGCAUCGAUUUGGAAUCUCAGCUGCCAACUGCAAAUUGAGAAGGUCAGGAUGUGGAGGUUUUCCUGGCAUCUGGCAUAUGGCAUGAUUUUAUCGACAAGGAGCAGACAAACUAAAGAUAAGGCCUUCCGGCAUACUUGCGAACCCACGACCGCAUAGCCA